AUGGAUCCUCUCUUCCCUGCCCACAUUUUGGAAGACCCUGACCUGAGAAAGCUGCUGAAUGACUCCUCCAUGCUGAACCUGAGCUUUCUCCCCAGCAACUGGUUCAACAACGGCACAGGGGACAGCUUCCUGCCGCUGGGCAUCAAGAUCACCAUCGUGGUCGUCUACUCCAUCGUGUGCAUCGUGGGGCUGGUGGGCAACUGCUCCGUCAUGUAUGUGAUUGUCAGAUUCACCAAGAUGAAGACAGCGACCAACAUUUACAUCUUUAACCUUGCUCUGGCUGAUACCUUGUGUCUGAUGACCUUACCCUUCCAGGGUACAGACACAUUCCUGGGCUUCUGGCCCUUUGGCAAUGUCCUCUGCAAAAUUGCCAUCUCCAUAGACUACUACAACAUGUUCACAAGCACCUUCACCCUGACGAUGAUGAGCGUGGACCGCUAUAUUGCCAUCUGCCACCCCAUCAAAGCACUGGAUAUCCGCACUCCCCACAAGGCCAAAGUGGUGAACGUGUGCAUCUGGGCGCUGGCUUCUGUCUUCGGCAUCCCAGCAAUGGUGAUGGGAUCUGCAGAGAAUGAAAACAACGAAAUUGAUUGUUUGAUUAAGCUCCCAUCACCUGUGGAUUACUGGGAUCCGGUGUUUGGCAUCUGUGUCUUUCUCUUCUCCUUUAUGAUCCCUGUGUUGAUCAUAACUAUCUGCUACAGCCUCAUGAUCAGGCGACUCAAGAAUGUCCGUGUCCUCUCAGGCUCCAAGGAGAAGGACCGAAACCUGAGGCGCAUCACCCGAAUGGUCCUGGUGGUGGUGGCAGUCUUCAUUAUCUGCUGGACUCCCAUCCAGAUUUUUGUGCUAGUCCAGUGCUUGGGUGCCAAGGCAGAAAGCGAGCUUGAGUUGGCCAUCUCCUGCUUCUGCACUGCACUGGGAUAUGCCAACAGCAGCCUGAACCCAGUGCUAUAUGCCUUCUUGGAUGAGAACUUCAAGGCAUGCUUCAAGAAGUUCUGUUUCCCCACUGCCUUCAGGACCGAGCUCCAGAUGUCCAACAGGAUGUGCAGCAUUGCCAAGGAUGUGGCUUAUGCCUGCAAGAACUCGGAGGGGACUAACAAUCCGGCCUGA